AUGGAAAAGACUCAAGAACUGAUGAAGACCAACACAAGUAUAGCUAAGUGGUUUAGAGGAGGAGUUGUCUUUUCAACAAAUGUUAUGGAACAAUUCCAUACCAACAGGUGGUUGAAAUUUGAAGAAGAUGUGGAAGAUGGAGGAGAAAGGUGGAGCAAGCCUUACGUGGCCACUCUUUCGUUGCACAGCUUGUUUGAGUUGAGAAGUUGCAUUCUAAAUGGAACCGUGCUGCUGGAUAUGCAUGCCAACAGUUUAGAAGAAAUUGCAGAUAUGGUUCUUGACCAACAAGUGAGCUCAGGUCAGCUCAAUGAGGAUGUGCGUCACAGGGUCCAUGAGGCACUCAUGAAACAGCACCACCACCAGAAUCAGAAAAAGCUCACCAAUAGGAUUCCCAUUGUUCGUUCCUUUGCUGAUAUUGGCAAGAAACAAUCAGAACCAAAUUCCAUGGAUAAAAAUGGCUCAUCUCAUCUCUGUACCUCCCUCAUCUCCUAA